AAGUUGCAUCAUUUCAAGAUUUUAGUCAACUCGACAGCUUCGCCAAUUUAUAAAUCAACAUGGCACGAACAGAACACUUCAUACAUAGGGUUCUAGAACUACAAGAAGCACGUUUCGAUUUUGCGCUCGAUUGUUUGCAUCAUGCGAAUAAUAUAAGAUCCGGCAAUAUUGCUUUUAGUCCGUACAGCUUAUAUGAGGGACUUACGAUGAUUUACUUUGCAUCCAGUGAUGGUGACACCGAUACACGUUUAAAAUAUGUGCUUAAAUUGCCUGAUGAUAUACUCAAAAGUUUCUGGGUGACAUAUAACAUAGCCGAAAGAAUGAAGGAGAAUAGAGAAGAUUCGAACGGAUUUUAUAAUCAAAAUAUCUGUUGGAUUAAUAAGGCCAAACAAAUAAAAGAUAUCACGUCCAUCAAAGACGGACUGGGCCCGUCGGUAUCGGAUUGCGAAGAUGAUGAUAUAUCAGAAGAUAUAUCGGAUUGGGAAGAUGAUGCCUUCAUGAUGGACUUCUUAGAAUUUAUUUAA